AUGUGGUAGGCUAUCAAGAUGUUGAGGUCGCUCUGAAAUCACCUUUAUCUCUGCUGGCCUGCAAGACGAUAAAAGAAAAAAAAUCACAAAACAGAGCGUAAAAAGUGCAAAAAAGGUGUAUUUUUACAGGAUCAGACAACGUUUUUGGAUGUUUCAAGACGCAAGUACAGGUUUUAAUUUUGUCUUGCCUCUCGGAGAGGCAGGAUUUUGGAGAAAUGGAAGCAGAGAUGCAGGAGGUACAGACGAUUUCCCUAGCAAUCGUCAAAACCAAGUGAGCAGUCCAAAAGACCUACCACCAAGUGCUUUUAAAGUUUAUGACAAGGUUUCGGAAAAGCAUAGAUACGUUCCUCGCCAAUGGACUCAAGAAGAAUUCGAAGCUGCUUUGCCCGAUCGAUUUACAAGGAAUGCAACGGUUCGUGAAGUUUUUCAAAACGACUUCGAACACGACGAAUUCGUUGUAUAUAAAGAUAACGAAGCUGUUUCAUCGAGGGAAAGCGAAAAUAUCCCCCAAAAUUCUCGAACGAAGGCGGAGAUCGCGGAGAAAAUAAGAUAUCUUAAAGAAAUCUUCGAGAACAGUGGAACUUCUAAAGCCGAUUGCAAAACGAACGGUGCUGUGUAUACGACAGAAAGUCUUGGAAGAAUUGUAACUGAUGUCAGCGAGAUGGAUGAACUAGAAAGAUGCAAGGAUAGCGAAGCAAAGGUGAAAGUAAUCGAAAAAGAAGACCCAGCUGAAAUCUCGUACGAAAAUGCAGAAAUAGUAGAAGAUGCUUCUAGCAAAAAUCCACAAAAAAUACACGUAAAUUGUGAUCUAGAAACCGAAGUUUGCCGCAACAAAUUUUCCAGUUUCCUGGAUGCAUGCUUGCGAUGUCUUUUGAAUGUCGGACCGUUUGUUAAAAUGGCGAAUAUCUCCUCAGGAAAUAGGCGAAAGCCUGUUAUAACGAAGCUUCAAAGUUUCAUCGAAUCGCUUGAGAAUCCAGAACAGUCGCUGCCCGAGGACCCAUUCUUGGAAUUUCUGCAGAAGAUCUCGGAAAGAAGCAACUGUGACGAGGUGCUCGCUGGAUUUCUGGAAACUGUUAUCAAAGAAACUCAAGCUGAGGACAGCCUGCGUCCCUUGUUCCAUGGUGAAUUCUGUCAUAUCAAAACGUGCGAUCGUUGUACAACGAUUGCAAAAGAAACACAGCCAUUCUUGUUUCUAAAUCCAACAACAGCACCUGGUCGUCCACCGAAUAACGAUGUUUUAGAUGUGAAUUUCGUAUCGUCCAGCUUUGAUGGUAUUUGGUAUAUUACCACGCGGCAAUUUACCAUAAAACCUGGGAUGACGUUCUCUCAUCUUAAAGAAGAUUUACUCAGCUGUCCUGAGUUCGAAGCAUGCGACCCAAACUCCAUCCGUAUGGGCGAAGUUAAAGAUGGUCGAAUUAUACGGACAUUCAAUGACAGUGAUGAGCUGGGCACAUUACUGCGAACCCUACCAUCGACGUCGAGUAUCUUCGCGUUUCACGUUUUGAAUUUCACCAGCGAGUUUGCAGUGGAAGUCAGUUCAUUCAACAGCACAGCAGCAUGCUAUCAGUUGUACUUCAACUGCGGUCUCUGCCUCAGCGAUGGUAGCGAUGUCCGGUUGUACAUUCACAAGGGCUGUGGUGGGAUGGUUUGCCGUGAUUGCUUGGACGUGAUCACGCAAUCCUAUCAGGACUGGGAGCUCUGUCCGUGUCCGAUCUGUGAACGACCUAUGGAUCUUGACAAAGACCUGUGCAGAGCGAGAAUGAAUGACAUAGUACCUCAAGAACCACACCCAGAAUCGCCUAAUCUUCUAUGUCAGGUUAUGUUUCGCGCAAACAAACCUAUUGAUGGAGGAAGAGAGAUUUUCGGUUGCCCUUUGAUCGCAACGCUUCCUCGGAGUGUUACAGGACAUCAUCUGUAUCGAUGCAUCGGCUAUUUACUUCCAAACACAUUACCAAUGAAAGAUAGAACUUCGUUCACCCUGCACACCGUCGGCAAAUCAGGUUCUAGCUGCUCGGCUUGUCCAAAGGAUGCCUGUAGCGGUUGUCUUGUUCGCAUCGACGACAACGUGCGAAUCAACCGCGACACAAACUUCGUGGUGCAUUUCGACGAUCUGGCCGAAGAGUCGAUGAAGUGUUUCGGAAUUCCUAAUCCUGCCGAAACAGCAGCUUCUGGUUCGCGGGGAUUUUUCGAUGGGAUUCUGCGAUCUUGUGUGAAAGCAUCAACUUCAGACGGAAUGGUUUGUCCGAAGUGUUCCAGUGUUUGCAAGGUUUCGUCAUCAAUCUCGGAGUUUCCAAAAGUCCUUCUUAUUCAUCUCAAUCGUUUUUACGUAGAGCAAGGCUUACUGGAGGCCACAACGAUUGCCGAAGUAUCCAGGUUUCUGGUGUUACAACAUAGCAAUAACUCCAUCAGGAACAGCGAAGGCCCAGUUUAUCAGCUAACAGCUGCUGUCCUCGCAGACGAAAGCGGUAAAGAUCCAUCGUACAAACCAUUCGUACAAUCCAAAGACGCUUGGGUGUCUUUUGAGCGAUCCCACACGAGUGAAAUCGAUCCAUAUCGACAGCAGCUUACUAAAAACAGCGUUCUUUUCUAUCAACCGGUCGAAGACAAAGAUCCUCCUCAGAAUGGACGCGUUUUGAAGAUGCCAACGUUUGGGAAAAGUGAAGAAACCCGCGGAAUUCAUGAGCCAGCCAAUAAAAUUCACGGUAAAAAGCUUGCUACUAUUUCAGAGGAAACAUCUAUCGCAAAACAUUCGUCGGAUUUCAGGAAACAAACUAAAAAACGAUCAGUGCAUCGAAGCAGUUAUGACCGACAAUUUGAACCAGGCGAAUUGCUAAUUGAAACAGGUGUUGAUCUGGACAGAAGGCGAGUUACUUUGAAGCCAGACAUCUACAGUUCCCAGGUUUCUUUGGGAGAAAUUACCAUUCAUCCUGACGUCUCAACCGUGGGUAUGCCCGCAAACAUCGACGGAAUCAGUCCAAUUUUCGCACAAGAGAUGCGUGACACAGCGCCGACAAAGACCAGCCGAGAAACGAAGAAAUUGAUCAGGGCGGUGAAACGUGAGGACGCGUACGGAAUCGUGUGUUCUUUAAAGAGAGGCGCUGACCCUUGUCUCCUGAUUGACGACGUUUCAGCGUUGCAUUUGGCGGCAGGAAUUAAAUCCGAUCAACGAUGUUCAAUGGUCGCCUACCUUCUGAAGCACUCCAAUGAUGUGAACGUCGCGACGGGGGACGGGACAACGCCUUUGCACGUGGCCGCGGCGUGGGGCCAUCAGGACGCUUUGGAAUUGCUUCUUUGUCACGGCGGAGAUGCGUUCGACAGAACAGACCAGGAUGGCAACACCGCAUUCGAUCUCGCAUCGAAAGAUUGCUCCAGUUUCCUUCGAUAUUACCAAAAAAGCUGCGCCGACUCGCCUGGAUCUUUCCCGGGUCCAUCCACGAGCUCUCGGGCUUCGAUUGCCAAUCAAAGACUCGAGGAUUUAGUUCGUUGCAACGUCACCCUACCGUCAUUCGUACAAGAAGACGUGAAUCGCUCUCGUCUGCGCCGGCGUUGGCUCGAAAGGUUCCGAAGUUUUCGCAGCAAAUCUUCCGGAGUCUUGAGAAACAUUAGGCGACUGAGUAGCAUCAGACGUCGAUCCCGUAUCGGAGUUUUGGUCCCAUAG